UAAAUGAGAGGCUGUGAUAUCGAAGGAGGUAUAUUGUCGUGAAGGUUAUAUCCUCUCCGUCUUUAUCUUGCUUGGGAGAACGCACUCUCUCCGUCCUCCGUCCCUUAUCCUAACUAGCCACCCUCCCUCCGUGUUUGACUUGACGACUCUCCCAAGUCCAACCCACCCACCCAGCUUGACUUACACCCUCACCCUCACCACCAUUGUCACCACCACAACCACCACCAUGUCCCCACCCCCCCAACAGCAGGCCACCCAGGGCCUCGUACUAGGCUACACCAACCCGCACCCCUUCGCGACCGUCGCGCUCACGGACCGCGCCUCGGUGCAAGCCCUCUUAGAAACAGUGCUGGACCCGCUCGAGCCCUUCUUCUCGCCCGACAAGGCGCGCGUGCGCGUCCCCGGGGCGACGGCCGUGCGGUUCGACCAGACGGCCUCCGAGGUCGAGGGCUUCGCCCGCCCGCUGUGGGGCUUGGCCUGCCUGCUCGCCGGCGGCGGGUCGUACCGCGGUGCGAAGUGGUGGAUCGAUGGCCUGCGCGCCGGUACCGAUCCCGCCGCGGAGGGCUACUGGGGCCAUCCGGCGGAUAAUGACCAGCGCAUGGUGGAGAUGUGCCCGAUUGGGUUUGCGCUGGCGGUGGCGCCGGAGAUUUGGGGCGGGUUGAGUGAGGGGGAGAGGGGGAAUGUGGAGAAUUGGUUGGGGAAUAGUAUUAAUGAGAAGAACAUGCCGAACACGAAUUGGUUGUGGUUCCGGGUGUUUGCGAAUUUGGGGUUGAAGAAGAAUGGGGGCAAGUUCUCGCAGGAGAGGUUGAACGCGGAUAUCAAGCAUCUGGAGACCUUCUAUCGCGGAGAUGGAUGGUCUAAUGAUGGACCGGAGGGAAUUCACCAGAUGGACUACUACUCGUCGAGCUUUGCCAUUCACUUCCUCCAACUGCUCUACGCUAAGCUAGCGGGCGAGGAUGACCCAGAGACUGCCGCAGAGUUCAAGAAGCGGGCUCAGAUGGCAGCGCUGGACCUGGCGCACUACUAUGACAAGGAGGGGCGGUCCAUUCCCUUUGGCCGUAGUGUCGGCUACCGCUUCGCCAUGGUUUCGUUUUGGGGCGCCCUGGCGUACGCUGAUGUCGAGCUGCCCGCACCACUAACCUGGGGUAUGGUCAAGGGCAUGGCGAUGCGCCACCUGAGAUGGUGGCAGACACAGAACGACAUGUGGAGCUCGAGCGGCACGCUGACCAUUGGGUACUCAUACCCAAACAUGUAUAUGGCCGAGAACUACAACAGCCCGGGGAGCCCGUACUGGGCCUGCCUGGCAUUCAUCUGCCUCGCCGUACCGGAGACGCACCCCUUCUGGACCUCCAAGGAGGAGAACCACUGGGACGUGAUCCCCAAGGUCAAGGCGCUCAAGCACCCAGGCCACAUCAUGAGCAACCUCGGCGGGCACUGCAUGCUCCUCUCCUCCGGACAGGCGUGCUCGUACCCCAUGAAAGGCACGCACGCCAAGUACGGCGCCUUCGCCUACUCAUCCGCAUACGGCUACUCCGUCCCGCCAGGACUCUUCACACUCGAGCAAUACGCACUGGCAUCACAACUGGGCCUGUCCGACGACGGCGGCGAGUACUGGAAAACGCGACGACUCUCAACCUCCACCCUCGAAACCCGCGGCAGCGACCCCGUGCUCGUCUCGCUGUGGACGCCCUUCCCCGACGUGCACAUCAAGACCUACCUCGUCCCGCCCACGGAAGCCACCCCCAACUGGCACGUGCGGGCGCACCAGAUCCGGGCGGCGGGGCGCGAAGUGCAGACGGCCGACGGCAGCUUCGCCAUCAGCAGCUCGCGCGCGGCCGACGGGCGGCUGCUGGGCCUGUACGACGACGAUGCGACCAACGCGACCACCGCCAGCGAGGGCACGCGGCCGCGGCUGAUGGGCAACUACGACGUGGCGACGCCCGAGGCGUGGGCGGGCGGGUACGAGGGCGCGUUCGUGGUGUCCAAGGGUGCCGUGGGGAUCCGCGCGCUGGAGGGCGCUGGUGGCGGGCGGACGGCGACGCUGGUGAAUGCGGACCCGAACUCGAAUUUGAUUGAGAGUCGCACGGCGAUUCCUACGCUGCAGGGUACGGUGGGCAAGGGGGAGACGGUGUGGUAUGUGACGGGGAUUUAUGCGAAGCCGAAUGGGGAGGGGGUGAAGAGGGAGGAGUACCUGAGCGGGUGGGAGAAGGUGCCGGAGGUGCCGGGGUGGUUGAAGGAGGAGAUGGGUCAGUAGGGGACGAGGGAAGAGCGAGGUAGCUACUGUGUUAUGAGUGUGAUGUUUUUUUGAGGUUGAGAGGCAAAGAAAUAUGCUUUGUUUGCUUGUUUAUCCUAGCCUAGCCGUUGAGCGAGC